AUGACGCAACCCUCGCCGUUCGGGAGCCAGCUGGGCACGAACUACGUCCCCACCGACGACGAGCUCACCACCCUCUCAGCCUUCCUCGCAGGCCCCAGAGCCGAUCUCGCGGCGCUCACAUCGAAAGCGGCCGAGCUCCGGCUGUCGCUCGCCGCGCUCGAGGCGGAGCAGGAGGGCCUGUCCGCCUACAUCGACGCGCACACGGCGCUGCGCUCGCCGAUGCGCCGGCUGCCCGACGACCUCGUGCGCGAGAUCUUCCUCGCGUGUCUGCCGGACAGGCGCAACAGCGCGAUGAGCGCGGGCGACGCCCCGCUGCUGCUCGGCCGCGUCUCGAGCGCGUGGCGCGCCCUCGCGCUGACGACGCCGCGGCUGUGGACCCGGCUGCACGUCGUGCACCCCGUCGGCGACCGCGUGAUCCACGGCCGGCUCGACGCGUAUGGGCGGCUCCCCGACUCCGCGGCGCAGGAGAAGGUUCUGCGGCAGCAGGUAGAGGCGAAGCUCCGGCAGCGCGUGCUGGGGCUGCACGAGUUCCUCGGGCGCUCCGGGGACUGCCCGCUGCAUCUGUCGCUCGACGUCCCGCAGAGCUCGCGCCAGUCACCUGGGACGCUCGUUGAGGAGCUCUUGCGCUAUGCGCACCGAUGGCACACGAUCGAUUUCAAGCUCACGGCGGAGGGGCUCGCCCGGCUCUUACAGCUGACAGAAGAGGAUGUGCCGCUGCUCCAGACUGUGCGCCUCAACCCGCAGAUGACGGAUGCCUCGCACCAGGCGCUGAUGCUGACAGGUGCAGGUGGGGUGAAUGCCGGAUGGAACGUCCCUGGCGCGCUCCCCCCUGGCCUUCAGGCGAUCGCAGCGGUCCACCCAAUGGUGCCCCACAACUUUGGGGCUGCAGCUUUGGCCCAUGUGCCUGCCCCCAAUCUUCCAUUUCCUCCCGCUGGCGGACCACCGUUCAACGCACUCACAAUCGCUGCUAUGAAUCACCACCAAAUGCACCAGCACGCGCUGUGGCAGCCACCCGCUGAGACUUUCUCGUACAACGACUGGCCAAAGCUGCGGCUGGUGAAUGGGCUGCAGGUCACCGCGUUCACGAUCACGGUGGACGGCCUGAUCCUGCAGUCGAUGCCUUUCCGCUGGGCGCAGCUGACCACCCUUUCGGUCACGACACAGAUCCUCGGGCAGAGCAGAAGAAUGCUCGACAUGGCUCCCCCGAUCCUCCGAGCGUAUGACGGCUCCACCGUGCUGAAGAUGCUCGCACAUUGCACGCAACUGCGGACGCUCAAGAUGCUCAUCGUCGAUCGCGCUCAGUUGCAAGAGGAUGUGAUGCCAGAGGUGACGCUCGAGCACCUCUCGUUCCUCGACCUUGUCAUUACGAAUGUCAGCCCGCACGUUGCGCCGCAGGUCGAGCACCCGCUGAGGCUAUUCAGUCUUCUGCGCACACCGAAGCUCAAGUCGUUCGUCGUGCAGCUCCCGUCAGACCAGCUCGCGGGCCCGACGCCGCGGGCGAUCCCCGCGUCGCUGCUGGACUUCCUCGGGCGGUGCACGAGACUCGACGGCUUCGAUCUGCGGGUCGACACGUUGAACCGCGACCGCGUGCGUGCGGUGGUGUACGCGCUACCCGCUUCGCUGCGCAAGCUCAGUUUCGUCGAAGACAACCGCACCGGCCGCUUUGGCCUGACGGGCAUCUACCACACCGGGGUGCAGCACAACCCAGGCAACCAGUGGCCGCGGGACCUGCUCACCUGGCUGACGCUGCCGCGGGACUCGGAGGAAGCGUCCUCGUCCUCGUCCUCGUCCCUGUCACCGCCCCUGCUGCCCGCGAUCGAGGUGAUCGACCUCAAAUCCGUCACGCUGUCUCCCAGCCCGGACGACGUCGAGGCGUUCGUCGUCUCCCGGCCAGCGCUGACCCGCCUCUCAGGCCGCUUCGGGGAGCCCGUGACGGAGUACCUGCCCGGGCGCCCAGAGAUCUGCGCGCGGCUCAGCGGGGGCUUGGUCCUCGCGCUCGAGUACGCGACCGACCAGGUCGACGCGCGCUACAUUCGCAACGACGACUCGGUGUGGCGCGGUUUGUGUGAUGGGUCGGGUGACGGGGCCACGCGAGGUCCGGCGGCGCGAUCUUGA